AUGUGGCAGCUGCCAGGAGAGGAAUGUGACCUGCCUCUACAAGCCAUUGACCUGGGUCGCCGACGUGCAGACGUUGCCCGUAGGACGCCCAGCGGACAUCUGGGUCAUCCUGCCAGACACGAAUCAUCAGAGCCACCAUUGCCGACCCCAAGACGCGGAUCCUCCCCAUCGUCGGCAUCUGUCGGCGAGACAGCAACGCGAAAGCCAGUUGCAAGACGCCAUGGCCGCGUCCACGUUGACAAUGUCUCCACCUCGGACAGCAUGUCGCCAGGCGCUGCCUCUGCCCGCCAAGUCUUCACGCCGGCCCACGUGGGAACGACUCAUGCGUUCACGAAUACAACUGCUGCGCAAUCUGCGGAGCGUGCUGACAUCCUCCGUAGCUUUCGGUACGACAUUGCUCCAAUUGUCGAUUCAAGCGCACCGCGGUCCACUUUUGCCGUCGAUGUCCUGGAGCUGGCCCAGAGAGAGGAUGUCAUUGUGCGAGCCAUCGCACUGGUCGUCGAGAGUCGAUCCAUGUUCCCCUCACUGUACCCUCCGGCGGACAUGUAUACGAGCGAAAAGGAACGAGAGUUACUGGACGAGCUUUCGACGCAGGACGCAUCAGUGGCCCAUGUUGCACUCUCUUUGGUGACACUGGGAGGUUUCUUUGGCAGGCCGCCCUCCCGGUGGCCGAAUCAUAUGGUGCGCCAUCCUCAAAUCGAACCGUCUGAUCUUUUCUUGCACAGCGACAAGGAGCCCCUCGAAUCACUGGCCCGUUUUCAGAUCAAGAUAGAGCUAGCAAACUCCAUCCGCACCAGCAGGCCUCUCUCAGAAAAUCUUCUAUCCUGGGUUCGCCGCCGUCAAUCCUUGGCUGCAUCCAGCUCGUCGCCCGAGCACGUGCAUACUGCCAGCAUCUGCCAUCUCGCUAGAUGCAUAGACCUCGUCAAUAGCAGACCGUCUGUAUUUCCCGCUGAACACACAGACCCACUCGUCGGCCAGACCCCAGACGCAUCGACUGAUUUCGAGUCCGCAUGGUCUGCGUACUGGGCCGUCUGUACCCACUGGUACCAAACACGGCCCCAAGACGCGGUUCCCAUCCUCGAGACGACGGCGCUCGAAGCAGCAGCCCUGAACACAGACGACCCGGGCUUCCCCGUGUCAAUAUACAGCAGUCCAAUCUCCCUGCAGAGCAACACCAACAUGCAUCUGGCGUGCCUACUACUCUUGAAGUCGAGACCUGGCCUGUCGGCGGCUAUCAGGCCUCGGCGACCGUUUGAAUCGCGGAGCUGGCACUCGGAGAAGAUCGCCGGCAACGCCGUAUGGAAUACCUACAGAGAGCAAUGGGAUCCUAUCAUCAUCGGUGCCUUGCUGCUGAUUGCGGAGGAGAUGACGCACCUGGCUCAGCAACUUGCCGUCAAAGAGUGCCUGCAGCGCAUUUCUCGAGACGCUGGGGUGGAUCUACAACGAGAGACCGCGAGCCUCAACGGCAUCUGGCAGGCAUUUCGAGAGGACCACGACAUUGAUUUUGAUUAUUGA